UUUUCUCAUCUCCGGUGCCUCUAUGCUAUAAUUACAUGAUUUAAUCGGUUUUCAGUUUUCUUUGGACAUGUAAUUUUGGCAUUGGCGUUUAUGUUGUUUAGGGUUUUCUAUAUUCGUCACUUGUAAAUGAAGAACCCUUCUGCUAUCAAUGGACUUUUUGGAUUGAUAAAAGCACUGCAAAUUAUUAAUGCCCUAAAACAACUUAUCUAUGGUAGUUCAAAACUCACAAUGAAGCAUGAGGAUGACGAUAUAGACCAGGUUCUGGGAAGUGAGAUAAUGGGAUCUUCUUCGGCAAGGAGACGAGAAAUACAUAGAAGUCAGUCUAUUGAAGAAAUAAGGAAUAUCCAGAAUGAGGGAGGGUCAGUCAGUCCUGAGGAAUUGCGUCAAAAGGCAUUGGAAGAAAAAAAGAAGUAUAAAGUUCUCAAGGGAGAAGGUAAAUCUGAUGAAGCUCUGAAGACCUUUAAGAGAGGGAAGGAACUUGAGAGACAAGCUGAGGCUUUAGAGAUAGCCAUAAGAAAGAACCAUAAACGGGCAUUAACAUCUGGCAGCAUGGCUGAGAUUCAGAAUAAGGAUAAAGAAUCUGGCAGAAGAAGCAAGCUUUUUCCUCAGGUGGGAAAAGAAAAGGAUGAUUUUGCUGCAGAACUCAGGGACUUGGGUUGGUCUGAUAUGGAUAUUCAUGAUGAAGCUAAAAAACCAGCAAGUUCGUGCUUGGAGGGUGAACUCUCGUCCCUUCUUGGAGAAGUUUCUCAGAGGACGAAUAAAAAUAUUGGUCAUCAUGGCAUUGACAAUUCUCAAGUUGUUGCUCAUAAGAAAAAGGCUCUUAUGUUGAAGCGGGAAGGAAAGCUUGCAGAAGCCAAGGAAGAAUUAAAGAAAGCUAAAGUUUUAGAGAAGCAACUUGAAGAACAGGAACUCUUGGGAGCUGCUGAAGAUUCUGAUGAUGAACUAUCUGCAAUAAUCUCUGGCAUGGAUGAUGACAAACCAUAUGAUUUAUCACUUCAAUAUGAAGGGGAGCAUAAUUACGACUUUGACCACCUUGUGGGAAAAAUUGAUGAUUUUGGUGUUGAUGCUAAUUUUGAAGUUACAGACAAUGAUAUGGUGGACCCAGAAAUAGCUGCUGCUCUAAAAUCAUUUGGCUGGACCGAGGAUUCUAUUUUGCGUGAAAAUAUGUCUGCAUCUAUUGACUGGGAAACCCUGUCAUCAGAAAUUCAAUCAUUGAAAAGGGAGGCACUUAAUCAAAAAAGGGCAGGUAAUGUUUCAGAGGGUCGGUUGCAAGAAGCAGAAACUGAGUUUGAAUUGGCCAAAGCACUUGAGGCCCAGUUGGAUGAGUUGGGUAAUCAUUCCUCAAAAUCUUCUGCCAGUGUGCCAGAAAUGGUUGACGUAGUUAUUGAAGAUCUUCUGGAUCCUCAACUUUUGUCUGCUCUGAAGGCGAUUGGAUUAGAUGAGGCUAAUAUGAUAUCACAAAGCCCAGAAAAACCAGCAGCUGGGAAACCUGAACCUGUUACGAGAGGAGACUGUAGCCAAGAGAGAAUCCAAUUGGAAGAGCGGAUCAAGGCUGAGAAGGUAAAGGCAGUGAACUUGAAACGUUCCGGAAAACAAGCUGAGGCAUUGGAUGCUCUUCGACGGGCCAAAUUGUACGAAAAGAAACUGAAUUUGCUGGGUUAUACUUGAAGAUGGAAAAUAUUCCUAGUACAGGCCUGGAACAAGAUGGUAGGGGGAUAUUGGAGAUUGGGUGAUUUAAUUACUAUUAUCUGGUGUUGGUCCAUUGGAAUUUAUCUCUGUAAUGUAUGGUAUUUAAGGAAAUGUCAUAAAGUUGAUGUCUUGAUUCAAAAUAUAUACAUGGAGGACGACAUUUUACUUUAUUUUGUUUACAGAUGAUGGUUGAUGAUGCGUGUGCUAUUCAAAGAACAAUCAAUUUUGAGCUUGACCUUGGUGUUGGAGUCCUUCCAAAGUUAGCAGGCUCUAUUUGUAAAAGAAGUAUUCUGUUCAGCAAUUUUAUAUAUUCACUUCAAU